CCACAAGAUGUACAACGCAUCAGGAACGCGGCUAGGGCGAGAGAAGCAGCAGCCCGCACGCGGACGGGCUGCCGAUGCAAGGCUGCUUUGGGCCGAUUGUUUGUUGGAUAUGGUUGAUCUCCCACAGGGACCCGAACACACUGAUCGUUUGCAAUUGGCACGUCCCCGCAACGCGAGCGCGCUAUAAAGCCUCCCUUGUCCGCCCCUUCCCUCAGCAACUCACCGAGUUACUUCUCCACCCCGCCCACCUCCUCCGCCCGCCUCCACCCCGCCCACCGCACUCAUCCACAAUGCGCUGCUCCGCCAUCCUCAUCCUCGCCGCCGUCGCCUCCGUCUCUGCCGCUGGCAUCAACCGCAGGCAAGACGCUACCUACCCCGCCUGCUCCCUGCCCUGCCUGCAGGCCGCGGACUUUGGCACCUGCGACCCCCUUGACGACGCGUGUCUCUGCAAGAGCAGCGACUUCAUCAACAGCACCACCACCUGUAUCGCUGGCGCGUGCUCGGGCAACGACCUCCUGCAGGCCGAGGCCGCCGCACAGAGUGCUUGCGCAGCAGUGGGUGUCACCCUCAGCAGCAGCGCCCCCGCCGCGUCGGCGACGGCCCCUGCUAGCAGCGCGUCCGCAUCCGCGAGCGCCUCCGUCACCUCCACCUCUGCGGCCGCCCCCUCCCAGACCAGCAACGCUGCGUCCUCGCGCGGCGUGAACGCGCUCGCGGCCCUCGCCGCGGUCGGCGCCGCCGCCCUCGCGCUCUAAGCUCCCCGCGUCCCCCCUUAGACCGCGUCCCCGCUCAGCCCCUACUCACACCCGGUGCACUGUAGUCCCACCUCCCACGCUCCUUGGCGAGAACGAACUUUCGGCACGCACUAAACUUAUAUAGUUCGCUAUUCCCCCCACGUACGCGCAUUUUAGUCAUGACCCCCGGCUCUGUUUCUGGUUUUUCGUAGCUCUCUCGUUCCGCUUGGUCCCGCGCGCGGGUGUAUCCUCCCUGGCUUUGGAUGGGUUUCGUUCGUGUAGCAUGCCUCUGACCCCGCAAUAUACCUGC